AUGUCUGUUCGGAAGAAAGAGCUCAACGAUCGUGCAUUCCCAAAUUACGAGCAAGGCAGCACACUUAUAACUCUAAGGUGUCACCAUGGAGGGUUAAUAUCCUACACUCCUCAUCCACAUUAUGAGGAUGGAGAUGCAUGUGUCAUUGACUAUGUUGAAAGCAUAGGUUUAAGUGUCUUUGAAGUAGACAGAUUGACUGAAAGUGCUGGUUUGUAUGGACACAAAUUAGGCUAUGAUCCGUAUCAGAUUGGUGAGAAUGAAGGGGCUGAUGGUAAUGACAAUUUGAAUACACCUAAUGCUAACCGUAUAGGGGAAGGGAAUGACAAUGAGGCUAAUAGGAACAAUAAUAAUGAUUCUGAUUCAGGGAGUGAAUCAUUCUUCUCAACAGUGGACUCUGAUUAUAAUAUGACUGAUAGUGAUGAUAAUGAGUUGCAUGACAAUGUACACAAAAAUGCUGAAUGGGAUGACAAUUUGGUGAUGCCAGAGGACAAUGAUGUUGCCCCAUCUUCUGAAUCUGAUUUUGAAACUGUGAAUGAACAUGAUGAUGAAAAAACCAGCAGUGAAUGUAGAGUCUUCAACCCUAAAAAUAUUGACAAUCCAAAAUUAGAGUUAAAAAUGCUGUUCAGUAGUAUAAAGGAGUGCAAGUUGGCUAUCACAAAUUAUAGUGUAAGACAGGGCAGAACAUGUAAAUUUGUGAAGCAGGACAAAAUAAGAUUGAGGGCUAAGUGUAGAAGUGAAGGGUAUGACUGGCUUAUUUAUGCUGCAAAAUUGAGUGGGGAAGGUAGUGUGCAAAUCAAGACAUUUGAGAACACUCACAAAUGUGGUUUCACCUAUGACAAUCCCCUUGUAAAUUCUGGAUGGGUUGGCAAAAAGGCCAGGAGAAAGGCUAUGAAGAUUAUUCUUGGGAGUGAAAUUGACAAAUAUAGUAAGCUAGGAGCAUACAUGCAUGAAAUUCAGAAAUCCAACCCUGGAAACUCCAUUAUAUUGAAAACUGUGGAUGAAUCUGCAAAUGGUUCAUUCUUGAAAAGGUCAGUUGGGGGAGUUCUGUUGAUAGCUGUUGGAUUAGAUGCUAAUAAUAGCAUUUAUCCAAUUGCAUAUGCUGUAACAGAGGGAGAUAAUAAGGAAUCUUGGGCAUGGUUCUUCAAAUUACUCAAAGAAGACUUGAAAAUUAAAAGGGAUUAUAAGUGGACUAUCAUGAGUGAUAAGCAAAAGGGGCUGAUUCAGGCGUGUGACAAUGUUUUUUCAAAUCCAGUUCAUAGGUUUUGUGUGAAACACAUGCAUGGCAACUUUUCAUCUGCUGGAUUCAAAGAAGAAACUCUGAGAAAAGCCUUAUGGGCUGCUGCAAAGGCAACUACUUCAACAAAAUUUGCCAGCAAAAUGGAAGAAAUGGCAGCAAUUGACAUACAUGCAACCAAGUGGUUUGAUGAUAAACCUCCAUCUCAAUGGAGCAGAGCCUACUUUAGUAUUUAUCCAAAGUGUGAUAUCUUGUUGAAUAAUAUGUGUGAGUAUUUCAAUAACAAAAUAUUAGAUGCAAGGGAGAAACCAAUCAUUGAAAUGUUGGAAUUGCUAAGAUUGUAUAUGAUGCAAAGAAUGCAGCAAAAUAUGGACUUAGCUCAAUAG